GACCCCCCGACAGCAUCUCACACUUUUACCGGCACGAGCAGACGAUAGACAUAGUCGAGACAAGACAGAGAAGGAGAAAAAACGAGACGUAAACGAGAAAUAGACGAUUUCGAAAAGAGAAACAGAAUGCUCAUAGUCUUCGCCUGAAGAUACGUUACCAAGUUGUAUUAUUUAUUUAUUUAUUUGAUUAUUUACUUAUUUAUUUGUCAUUGUGAGUUAUAUUUGUAAGUUUUACGCCGAAGAAAAGCGAAGUUUGAGCCGAGUUAACGCGCGUCAAGACGUCAUCGAGAUUUUUGACAGAGCACGAUGGAGGACGGAAAGAAGCUGACCUUUCCGCUUAUGCUGACUGUUGGGACAGCUGUGAUCGGAUCACUUCAGUUUGGCUACAACUCAGGUGUCAUCAAUGCCCCGCAAAAGAUCAUUGAGAUGUUCUACAACGAAACAUGGUAUGAUCGAUAUAAAGAGCCCAUUCCUAAAACGACCCUGACCACUCUGUGGGCCUUCUCUGUAUCCAUCUUUUCUAUCGGCGGCAUUAUUGGAUCCUUCUCCGUUGGGUUGUUUGUGAACCGCUUUGGAAGGCGAAACUCCAUGCUCAUGGCUAACGUCUUAGCUUUUAUUGCCGCAGCUUUGAUGGGCUUCUCCAAGAUUGGUGCAUCUUGGGAAAUGCUCAUUAUUGGACGGUUCGUAGUGGGCCUUUACUCGGGUCUGUCCACUGGUUUCGUGCCCAUGUACAUUGGUGAGGUGUCACCCACAGCCCUCAGAGGCGCCCUGGGCACUCUUCAUCAGCUGGGCGUCGUCAUCGGCAUCCUCAUGACACAGAUCUUCGGUUUGGAGUCUAUCAUGGGUAACGCCGACAUGUGGCCGUUUCUUCUGGGCUUCACCUUCAUCCCAGCCCUGCUGCAGUGCAUCUUACUGCCCUUCUGCCCAGAGAGCCCUCGAUUUCUACUUAUUAUGCGCAACGAGGAAAAUAAAGCCAAAGCAGUGCUGAAAAAGCUUCGCGGGACGACGGACGUGAGCGCAGACAUGCAGGAGAUGAAGGAGGAGAGCAGACAGAUGAUGAGGGAGAAGAAGGUGACCAUACCCGAGCUCUUCCGCUCUCCAUUGUACCGGCAGCCUAUCCUGGUCGCCAUCAUGCUCCAUCUAUCCCAGCAGCUGUCUGGAAUCAACGCUGUGUUUUACUUCUCUACAAUGAUUUUUGAGAAAGCGAAUGUGGAGCAGCCUGUUUAUGCCACUAUUGGUACUGGAGUCGUCAACACUGCUUUUACUGUAGUAUCACUGUUUGUGGUGGAGAGAGCAGGCCGCAGGUCUCUGCAACUCUUGGGAUUGUUGGGAAUGGCUGGAUCUGCUAUAUUGAUGACCAUCGCUCUUGCCCUUCUGGAUCAGGUCAAGUGGAUGUCCUACGUGAGCAUAGUGGCCAUCUUUGGAUUCGUUGCUUUCUUUGAGAUGGGCCCAGGCCCCAUCCCAUGGUUCAUCGUGGCCGAAUUGUUCAGUCAAGGUCCGAGACCCUCUGCCAUGGCCGUUGCCGGAUUCUGCAACUGGACGGCGAACUUUAUCGUGGGCUUUUGCUUCCAGUAUGUGGAGGAGCUGUGUGGGCCGUACGUGUUCGUCAUCUUCACGUUGCUGUUACUCGGCUUCUUCGUCUUCACCUACUUCAAAGUCCCAGAGACCAAGGGUCGGACGUUCGACGAAAUCUCCUCCGGCUUUCGUCAGACAGCAGCAGGUGCAGAAAAGCACGUGCCCGAAGAGCUAAACAGCCUAGGGGCGGACUCCCAGCUUUAAGCCCCACCCUUGAACGUGACUACUGAGGAGAGGGGGACGCUGGGCUGUAAAAUCAAACAUUUCCUUCCUCCCCGGCCACUCUCCUUGUUCCCACUGAACACAAGGCAGGGAGUAAGAGUUUCAUAAUCCUUUUAUAAAAAAAGAUGUUUAUUGUAAGAAGUCAUGUCUGCGUCAGAAUCUCUUCUUUUUAUUUCUUUAUUGUUACUUCUGUUUGGGGUGGAAGAUUUUACAGUCAACUGAGGUAACCUGGUCUUUCUCGAACUAGCAUUUUGAGGUUAAAAAUUGGUCUUAUUUCUUAAGGUCAAUGCUGAAUGACCUCUUGCUGUUCAAUACUUCAUUACUGUAUUCCAGAUAACUGUAAUCCCCACUGUCGUCAGUCUUCACACAAGUGCAAUUGCAUGAAUUUGUGUAUGUAUGAUGUCACCAGUCUGCAUAGAUAGCUUUUUAAAGACUGAUUUUAACACGUAGGUUUAUCUUGUUUUUAAGAUAUCAUUUUUAUUAUAUCUUUUAAAUGUAUUUAUAUUUUUUUCUGGAGUGCAAGCUUUGAAUUAUACUUUGAGGUGAUAAAUACAUUUCUUAAACAAAUCUAUUUGUUAAGUAUAAUGAUGUAACAUAGCCAAACAUCACUGAUGCCUUUUUAAGAAAUAGGUCACUCAAAAAAUGAAAUCUGUCAUUAAGCUUUACAUUAAGUGGAGACAAAAUGACAAAAAUUUAAAGGUUUGGGUGAACUAAUACUUUAACCAAAGAUCAGUCACUUUGUAACACACGAUGAAGUGAUACUUAUAUGUAACCAUGGACCACAAAACAGUCAUAAGGGUCAAUUUUUUUGAAAUAUCAUCCAAAAGCUGAAUAAUUGAUGGAUUGGGGUGCAAAAAAAUCUAAAUAUUGAGAAAAUUACAUUUAAAGUUGUCCAAAUGAAGUUUUGAGCAACACACAUUACUAAUAAUUAAUAGAUUUUUUAUAUGUUAAUGGUCGGAAAUGUACAAAAUAUUUUCAUGGAACAUGAUCUUUUGUUAUAAAAGUUGUUAUACAAUUAUUUUCACCCAUGCAAUGUUUCGUUGGCUAUUGCUACAUAUAUACCCGUGCAACUUUUGACUGGUUUUGUGGUCCAGGGUCACAAUAUAGUAUUUAUAAGUUACUCUUCAUCUUUUCUCAGAAAGUAUUAGCAUCAGUCCUAUAUCAACUGAAUGUCAAUAAAACAGCAAUAAGUACUCCUUUGUUUCCCUUAGGUCACAUAUCCAUUCAGACAGCUUUACUUCGCUUGGCUUAACUUUUACUUAGCUUUCCAGAACCAAGCUAGGUCAGAAGUUUGAACGAAUGCUUUUUGCACAGUCGACUGAUAUAUAGACUCACUGAACAGUUGUCCAGUUAGAAAACACUUUCUAAAAGAGAGACCAAAAUGCACUGACUCCCAUGGCAUAAUAGUGUACUGUACAGCCUCAUAUGUUGCUGCUUGCUAUAGAAAUGGUUUGAAAAGAGACAAUAGAAUUAAGAUAUCUGCAGUUAAACUUACUCUGAAAGUUAUCUUGUAGAAUUUCUUUUACAAAAUUUCAAAUAUUUUUUUAGGAAUAACAAAUUUGGAUUGCGUUUUUUUCCAUUUAAAUUUAACUACAGAAUUUGCUUAACUUAUUUUCAUUUUUUUCUAAGAGAGGAAAGGCAAAUGCUGGUCAGCCCUAUAAAUUCACCCUCGUAUGAUUAUCAAGGUGCAUCAAAAGAAUGCCGAUGAUUGAGUUUUGUGUGCUUGUGGUGUAAGUUAAUAUUUUCCAGACAGCAUUCCUUACGGGAGUAUAUUUCUGUGUAUUUGUAAAGUUUUUAUACAUUAAAAGUCCACACGGGAUGUUUUCCAGCUUGCAUGCAUGUUCACGUAUAAACUGAAUGCUCAAACUGAGCGAAUCCAAUAGUUUUACUGAAAUCUUAUAUUGUGUGUGUAUGUGUGUGUGUGUGUUGCUGUUAACACUGAAUGAAAUGGAUACACGCACAGACUUUUAAUGUAUGGAGUUUGAGUAACAGCUGUAAUGUAAAUAGUGAAUAUUGAAUGUAUGAUAGAUUUGGUUAUUUUAUGCAUAAUAAGUAGUUUUGUAGUAUGGUUUGUAGUAGUACAUGUAUACAGGUUUCUAUAUCUGUUUCUUGUUUUGUUUUUUUAUGUAGUAUAUAUUUCACUCUACCCCUGAUGCACUCAUGGUCAAUACUGUAGUGUAAGACAAUGUUAACACCUUGUUGUCUUUUUGUUUACCAUACUGUAUUUAUUAGGUUAAGUAAUUUAUUUAGUUUAUUUUGCUUUUAGUUUUACUACUGUUUAUGGAAAUAAAAUUGUUGCAACAACUGUA